UGAAGUUCAUAAUUUAAGUAAACAAUAAAAAUAAUAGUAAAAUAUUUUUAUAAUUAUGGAUCAAAAUAAAAUAACUCCGGUAGAUAAAUCACUAAGUUUAAAAAAUAUUAAUUUUAAAGUUAAAAUAGAAAUACAUCUAGGGGAUAAAAAUUCAAAUGUUCUAGAGAUAGAUGUGCCACCAAUAUCUACAAAAUUGGAUGAACCGCUUGUAAUUGAAAAUGAGGAUGGAAAGUUUAUGGAAUAUGUUGCCAAUACCAAUGUGAUUUUAAAAACAAAAUCACGUGUGAGAAUAGAAAAAAAAUCUGAUAAGAAUAAAGAUCCCCUUAGUAUUAAUGGUCAUAAAGAUAUAUCUGAAGAUGCAAGUAUUACUGUUGAAUUAUUUAAAGACGACGACAAAAUUGAAAAUAAUUGUAACACGAAUUGCAUUGAAGGAGAUUCAUACCGUCUUGAAGAAGAAAUUAAUAGUCAAUUAGAAAAUGAAAUUCUUGGUACUAGUGAGGACACAAAUUUUGAAGAAGAAUCAUAUAACGAUGAACAUGAAAUAGAUAGUCAAAUAGAAAAUGAUAUGCUAGAUACUAAUGAAAUCUCAAAUUGUGAAGAAGAAUAUAUUGAUGAUGAAGAGAUUAAUAAAUUAGAUGAUGAUAUACCAAUCGUUGAGAACAAUAAAAAUAAUUUAGAAUUACCACGUGAUGGUCAAGUAUUAAGCAUUCAACUAAUUAAUGAAAUACCAAAUGAAGAGGAAAACCAAAGUAGUGAUGAUGAAGGUUCUAUAACUAGUAGUUUUGCAAGAGAAAUUUUAAAAGAAGACAUCGAAAUAAAGACUGUAACACAUAUGGCAAAAGAAGUCCUUGGUAAACCUCCACCAGCUUUACGGAAAAAAGGGGUCUUACCAAGACAUUGCGUGAAAUGUUGUAAAACUUUCGCAAGACCAGCAAGAUAUCUAAAACAUUUGGAAGUUCAUAAAAAGAAUGAGAAAAAACUUUUUCAAUGUUUAGAAUGUUUUGAAACGUUCACAGGUGAACAAGAUCAUGAGCAUGAUAAUAUUAGACCUCUACCUAAUAGUGUACAAAGAAAAAGAGAAAGAAAAUUUGAGUGUACGAUUUGUAACAAGAGAUUUUCAACAAAAGUUAUUUUGAACAAUCAUUUAACCCUGCAUUCUAACGUAAAGAAUUUUUCAUGUAAUUACUGUCCCAAAACUUUUUAUACAAAUGGAAGUUUAACACGUCAUCUGCAUAAACAUACAGGAGUUAAAUGUCGAUUUUGUAAUGGGUUAUUCAGAGCUGGAAAUAUCCUGGAGACCCAUGAACGAACACACACUGGAGAAAAACCUUAUAUUUGUGAAUUAUGUGGAAAAACAUUUGCGUUAUCAUCCGGAUUAGAAUAUCAUAUACGAAGACAUAAUAAUGAUAAACGUUAUGAAUGUGAAACUUGUGGGAAAAAAUUUUAUACGAACUCUAAUCUUAGGAAGCAUAGUAAAACACAUAUUAUGUAAUACGGAAUAAGUUAAUAUAAAUUUUCGUUGUAUGUUUUUUAAAUAGCAUCAAAUAUUAUCUAUGUAUAUAUUUUAUAAAUUAAUAUCAAAGUAAAAAACGAAAUAGGUAUGAAAACUCAAAGGAAAGAAACAUAUGUGUAUAUGGAACGUUUCAAAGAGAUUUUCUGAAAAAGACCACAGAUAAAUUUGAGGAUGUUCAUUAAAGAAAAUGGUUAAAUUUUUCAAUAUGCUAUCCCAUAAUUGAAAAAAAUUGAUAUGUAACACAUUCAUACAUACAUAUGGAUACUAUGUAUCAGACCAUCAUGUACAGAUGUUAUGUAUUCAUUUAACCAUCGUCAUGGAGUAAGUUCUGCACACAGUUUUUUAAUAAAUUUAUUUUUAGAAUAAUUAUUAUGACAAAGUGUUUGUACGCAAAAAAGAAAAAAGAAUUGUAAAUAAAUAGUUUUAAAAAUCAAAUAAUUUUUAUUAAUAUAAGAUAUGUUUGCCGUAAGAAAGUUAUUGUAUAAAAAUUUUAAAUUGUUUGUUUUCAUUUCUUCAUACAUUAAUUUUAUUGUGUAAGGAUUUUGUAAAAUUACAACUUGUUAAAGUAUAAAUCAAUGUAAUAUGUAAGCAAUUUAUUUAAAAAUUAAAGAUUAGGUACCUACUGCCUUUAUUAUAUUUUAGAAACUUAAAAUCAAUAAGAAAUGUUGCGAAGAAAAACAUUAAGAAUGAUUAAUAUUAAAUAAUUAUUAAGUACAUUUAAAAAUUUUAUCAUAAAUUUUCAAUUGCAUUUGAAUGUUCCUACUUCAAUAAAUGACAAAAUAAUAUAGUUUAAAAAUCUUGGCGAAAUUAAAUGAAAAUUAGGAUCACAAUUUAUAAAAAAAAAAACGUGUUCAUUAAGAACUGAAAGAGAAUUAAAAAUUGUUGAAGGACUUGAUCUUCGAGAAUAGUGAUCUGCAAUUUUCUACAUAAAACAAAGGUUUCUACAGGAACUGAAAGACUUUAGUGCUAAAAAUUUAGAAGUAAUACAACAUUACUACAAAUCUAAUUCUUGUUGUAUGUUUUACCAUUUUCAUUUCGACUAAUAAUUUUGUUUUUCCAAUCCAUUUUUAUUUUGUAAUCAAAUUGUAAUGGUUAAAAUACUAAAUUGAAUUGCAACUGAUAAUAUUCUAUUAGAGGGCAGCUUAAGUUUGGAUUAAGCAUUUGGAUUGUUGCAAGAGUACUUACGUUAUUUUGACAAUUUUUAGAACACACAAAUUUUAAAAGCUAAAAUAAAACUCAUUUACUUAGUUCUAUUUGUUUUUAUCGAUUUUUUUUUUAAAUUUAUUUCCUUUUUCAUUUUUUUUGCAUUUAAUAUAAAA